AUGGCAACGACGCAGCCCACGCGGGCGUUUGGUAUUGACUUUGGCGCUCAACGAUGCGUUGUAGCUGAGAGUAAUGGUGAUGUGGUACUGAACGAGCUCGGUGCAAUGACUACAGCCUCUUUAGUUUCCUUUAAAGGUGAGGAGCGUCUUGUGGGUGAGUCAGCCGUGCUGUCUUCCAGUACCAACCCUCGCAACACUAUCGGCUUUCUGUCUGGACUUGUGGGCAAGCGCCAAUUGGCGGACGUGCAGCGUCAGCUUGAGCGUCUGCCUGGUCUUCAAGCUACAUUUGAGGUGGAUGAGGCUGACCACGUCGUGGCAAGUGUCGACUAUGGAAAGGACGGUAGGAAGAUGCAAUUCACAAUGGAGCAGCUAACGGGAAUGCUGUUCGCUAAUUUAGCGACGCAAAUGAAGAAACGUUUACAGGAUGAAUCGUUCCAUGUGACAUUGGCUGUGCCUUCUGUGUGGGGAGAUGACGAGAAGCGCUCGGUCCGUGUGGCUGCCAAGAUUGCAGGCAUCCCGAGCUUUGCAAUCAUGUCACGCGACGCGGCACUGGCACGCUGCUUCCAUUGCAAACACCCUGUGCAAGCUUCUGCUUCGUCUCAAGCCCCCUCUACUGAUGGCGAUAUACCCAUGGAGGAAGUUGAGACUGCCCGCCACAUUGUGAUUGUCGACAUGGGUCACACCAACACUAGUGUUGCAGUAGUGAAGCUUACUUCUGAGGGUGAGACGCUGCUGGCCACCGAUGCUGAUUUGAAUCUUGGUGCGGAGACUCUCGAUCGACGACUUUUUGAGCAUUUCCAAAGUGAGGUGCAGGCAAAGCACGGACUGAGUGUAUCGCUUCACUCGAAGGAGGGGAAGCGUCUGUUUCAGGCUUGCGAGAAGCUGAAGAAGUUAUUGUCCACUAUUGGCGAGGCUACCGUGACAGUGGAAAACCUUGCCCCUGAAAAGGAUAUUAACAUUUCUAUCACGCGCAAUGCGUUUGAAGAGCUGUGUGUUGCUGAACGUGCACGCAUCACGGAGCUGUUGCAGACGGUUUUGGAAGCUGCGAAGGAUAGCGUCGCCAGCGCUGACAUCGCGUCGGUUGAAAUUGUCGGUGGUGGCACACGUAUUCCAUUCGUACAAGAGGCUAUCAUGGGCGUAUUCCCUGCCGAGCAGCAGCGUCAUGGUGCACUCAUCGGUCGCAUGCUAGAUUCAACGACGGCCAUUGCUCUGGGUGCGGCCUUUUCGAGUGAGGUGGCUGCUGCUGCAGCUGCUCCCCUUGCAGAAGCUGACGAGGAUGCGAUGGAUCUUGCUCGUUAUAUCGCUCUGGAACAGGAGUUUCAAGCACGUGACGCCGAGCUGGCAGCUAUUUCUCACGAGCGUAAUGCGAUCGAGUCUUUUGUGUAUGAGAUGCGGUCUAAAAGCAACGGCAAGCAUGGAGACAAGCUUGACUCAUCUAAGCUGAAUCCAUUGCUGGAUGCUGCUGAGGAGUGGAUCUACUCUGAGGAAGCAGAGGCGGCUACGCUUGAAGCCAUCCAAGCGAAGCACCAGUCCAUUGAGAUGGAAAUUCGCACCGCUUGCGAGGCGUAUUUUUCAGCUGUUCAGGCCGACGAGCAGGCAGUGGAGCAGCAGCUCGAGCACGAAUCACAAAAAGCUGAGGCCGAGCGCCAAGCUGAAGGUGGUGACGAUGAUCACGACACGCGUAAGCUCAAGAAACCCGAACGCAUGCGAAUGGUCGUCAAGAACAAAGAGGAAGGCAACGAGCUGUUUCGUGAUGGCAACCACAAGCACGCGGCUGCACGUUACGUAAAGGCCCUGACCCACGCCUCCAAGUUCUUUGACCUCUCGGAGUCUGACCAGGCGGAAGUGGACGCGAUCAAGCUCAGCCUGUACCUGAACCUUGCGCAGUGCUACCUUAAGAUGGAGAACUACGCUAAGACUGUAGCUAAUUGCAAUGAAGCGCUAGCAGUCGACGCUAAGAGCGUCAAGGCGCUCUAUCGCCGCGCUACGGCGUACGAGAAAGAGAACAAGCUGGAGCUUGCGGUUGAUGACGUCAAUGCCGCUUUGCUUCUUGCACCGCAGGACCGCGCCGUUGUCAAGCUUGACGAGCGUCUGAAGGAACGCCUGCGCCGUCAGCUUGACAAGGAAAAGAAGAUGUGGAGCAAGGCGUUUGCAUGA